AUGCGCGUCACUCAGUUGGCAGCAGCCUCCCUCUGGCUCGGAGCUCUUGUAGCGGCAGUCCCCCACCGCGACAGCCCUCAGCAGCGGCUUGCAAAGGGCCUAGAGCUCGACGACAAGUACUACACCUUUAACAAGAAGGCCUCAACCAAGGGCAAGUACGACGAGAAAGGUACCCCUUACACGCCGAACCACCGAGACCCCCUCGACCGCUUCGUCAACCCUGACAAGGAGGACCUUGACCCGCUGCCGUACCGCAAUGGCCUGGGUGCGUCGGUCCUCGGGCCCUGGAACAAGGAGCGCUCGCGCCAGUCGCCAGACCUGGUCCGCCCGCCCAGCACCGACUCGGGCAACGUAGCAAACAUGCGCUGGUCCUUUGCCGACUCACACAUCCGCAUUGAGGAGGGCGGCUGGACCCGCCAAACCACAAUCCGUGAGCUCGGCACCAGCUCCGAGCUAGCAUCGGUCAACAUGCGCCUCGGCAAAGGCGUCUACCGUGAGCUCCACUGGCACAAGGAGGCCGAGUGGGCCUACGUUCUCGACGGCGAGGUCCGCAUCACCGGAAUCGACUACGAGGGUGGCAACUUUGUCGACGACCUCAAGAAGGGUGACCUCUGGUACUUCCCAAGCGGCGUGCCCCACUCUCUCCAGGGCCUCAGCGAGAACGGCACCGAGUUCCUGCUCGUCUUUGACGACGGCCGCUUCUCCGAGGAGUCGACCUUUAUCCUGACCGACUGGCUCGCCCACACCCCCAAGAGCGUCAUUAGCAAGAACUUCCACCUGGACCCGCAGAUCUUCGCUCACCUGCCCAAGGGCGAAAAGUACAUCUUCCAGGGUCAGAUCCCAGGCUCAGUCGACGAGGAGCGGCCCAAGGGCAGCAACGUCAAGAAGUCCAAGUACAAGUUCAGCCACAAGAUGCUGGACCAGACGCCCGAGAAGACCUCGGGUGGUGAGGUUCGCGUGACCGACUCCAAGAACUUCCCCAUCUCCAAGACCAUCGCGGCCGCGCACGCCAUUAUCGAGCCCGGCGCGAUCCGCGAGAUGCACUGGCACCCCAACGCCGACGAGUGGUCCUUCUUCAUCCGCGGCAAGGCCCGCGUCACCAUCUUUGCCGCCGAGGGCACGGCGCGCACCUUCAACUACCAGCCGGGAGACGUCGGCAUCGUCCCGCGCAACAUGGGUCACUUUGUCGAGAACAUUGGUGACGAGCCGCUCGAGAUGCUCGAGGUCUUCCGUGCCGACGAGUUCCGCGACUUUUCGCUCUUCCAGUGGCUCGGCGAGUCGCCCAAAAAGAUGAUCGUUGACCACCUGUUCUCCGAGGAUCCGGAGGCUGCUGCCAAGUUCCUCAAGGAGGUUGAGAACCCCAAGAAGGACCCCAUCACCAAGUCUGACGUUUCCUUUGACGAGUUUGACCGGGAGCAGGCCAGGAGGGAGGGUGCCGAGAGUGACAUCAACGAGCUGUGA